CGUGGAAAGAUUCAGCUUAAGAGGAUUGAGAACCCGGUUCACAGACAAGUGACGUUUUGCAAGAGGAGAACUGGUCUUCUCAAGAAGGCUAAGGAGCUCUCUGUGCUAUGUGACGCCGAGAUCGGUGUUGUGAUCUUCUCUCCUCAGGGCAAGCUCUUUGAGCUCGCUACUAAAGGAACGAUGGAGGGAAUGAUUGAUAAGUACAUGAAGUGCACUGGUGGGCGUCGUGGUUCUUCUUCUGCUACUUUUACUGCUCAAGAACAACUUCAACCCCCAAAU